CUAAAAAGAACAGACCAUAUGAAGCGCACGGUGUUUGUGCGUUUAUGCGACAGUUGUUGGUCGCACCAAUAAUAUUUAUUGUAUUUUCGCAAAUUAUCGUGCGAAUUGCUUCGCCAAUGACUACCUCGGUCAGCACGAAUCCGUCUACGUUACUGCCUUUAGAACUGGUGGACAAGUGCAUCGGUUCCCGGAUACACAUCAUCAUGAAGAACGACAAGGAGAUCGUCGGCACUCUGCAGGGAUUCGACGACUUCGUGAACAUGUUACUGGAAGAUGUGACCGAGAGCGAGGCAACCCCCGAGGGACGCAGAGUUACCAAGUUAGAUCAGAUUCUUUUGAACGGCAGCAACAUCACAAUGUUGGUGCCCGGUGGUGAAAUGCCAGAUACAUAAGAGAGAGAGAGAGAGAGAGAGAAAGAAACCGUAU